AGGUGCUAGAAGUUACGCGAACAACUGUGAGCGAUUGAGCGAAAAAUAAACAUUAUGAGACGUGUGUUGGGCGUAGACUGUGUAUAGUGUCAUUGGAAUUUGAGGAGAUUGGUGUUAGGGGAUAGACUAACUCUUAAUAACGAUCAACUAUGAAUGUUCAAGUAGACUGGUGAGCCAUGUUGAAGAAAUAUUUGAAGUAGAGGUUAGUCAUAUGGGCUGUCAACCGAAAAUAUAAGAGAAGUACCCACUUCACUACUGACGACGUCAAAGGAUUUGCACGAUGUAUUGUUGGGGAUCAGCAGUGAAUGGAGAGCUGGGUGUGGGGGCCCCGGAAGUUGAGCAGCUGAUACUUCCAACUUUUAUGGACUUUUCAAAAGCAUGGAAUGUCAAACAAGUUGCUGCAGGUCUGAUGCAUUCCCUGAUCUUGACUGAAGAGGGUCUAGUAUACUCCUGUGGCAACAAUGAAAUGGGUCAGCUGGGACACAACAAGCUCACCAGGACACCAGAACAAAUAGAUGAUCUACAAAACUACAGUAUCAUACAAGUUGCAGCUGGGGAUCAACACUCGGCAGCACUUACAUCUUGGGGACUGAUUUAUGUAUGGGGAGAAAAUGGAUUUGGUCAACUGGGAAUUAAUUCAACUGAACCACAUAUUCAUGCACCGAAGUUGGUGAAGAGUUUGGCACGGAAGCAGACUGUGCAGAUUGCAUGUGGAUGUAAUCAUACUCUAGCUCUUACUUCAGAAGGAGAACUUUAUUCCUGGGGUCAGAAUAAUUUGGGUCAGCUUGGCUUGGGUCACAAAGACGGACCUCAAAAUGACCCAACUCUUAUCAAAUCUCUUGUUGGGACCCCCAUGGUUCACAUAACUGCAGGAGGACAUCACUCUGCUGUCCUCACUCAGGCUGGCUACUUGCUUAUGUGGGGGUCAAACAAGCAUGGUCAGUUGGGUUACACUCCAAAGAAAGAUCCAAAUUUUAGUGAAUUGCCCAAACCAGUUCCCAAUUUAUCAUCUUACUCUGAACCACUGCUGUAUGUUGCGCUUGGGGAGGGUCACACUGCUGUUCUCGACUCAAAUGGAAAGCUUUGGACAUUUGGAUAUGGUCGUUAUGGACAACUUGGCCAUGGUACAAAUGAAGAUGGAAGCAUCCCUCGCACAGUACUUGACAUGUGUGGGUCAAAAAUCAGUCAAGUUGCAUGUGGUAGAUGUCAUACAGUUGUGUACAUCCCCUCUCAGGGUCAACUUUAUGCAUUUGGACAAGGAAUGUCAGGUCAGUUAGGGAUUAAAACGCCACACAAUCGCAAUUUACCCCAGGUGGUAGUUGGACCAUGGCUCACACCAAGUGGAGUCAGCCUUAUGGACACCGAUGAGGAAGAAGAAAUUCAAAAAAUUUACAUAAAGAAGAUUUUUGCUGGUGGAGAUACAACCAUGGCUACGGUAAUGAAGGAAUCUGGGACUGCUGACAGUUACUGUGUGAAACACCCAUCAGAACUACCUUUAAAAAUUGAAGAGGCAAAGAUAAACCAGAUGAUAGGAAUUGAUGAAGAGGAUAUUAUUGAUGACGAUUUAUUUUCGUAUAUGGAAACUGUAUUUGGAUCCCUGGCAAGCUGGAACUGUUGUUUUAUAAUGGAAGCUGCUGACAAGCAUGGUCAUGGGCUUGAUUACAGAGUGGCAGAAGAGUACAUGGGAAAACUUGGAAGGAUGCCUCGAGAAUCCAUUCAGGAAGUUAUUGAAAAUAGUGUCGAGAAUAUCACAAAUGAUCUUCCUCGUCACCCAUUAACUCCAGAGAGUCUCCGCUGCUUUAUUCUUCUUCCCCUCUAUAAGAGCUUCUUAGAUGCUCGGCACAUGGCCAAGUUGCAGUUGCCAUAUGCAGAGGCAUUUUUGAAUUUGCAGGAAGACAUGGCUGCAGUAUUAAAGCUCUGGAUAAAGGUUUUACCUCGGGACUUUGUCAUUCAUCUCCUGAAUAUCUACAAGUUGGUUAUCGUUCAAAUACUGAAUAAUGCCAAACAAUCAUCUGAGAUUGACAGGCGUGCUUUACUAUCAUCUCUAAAGAUAUUAGGCGUCUUGCACGGAGAAAACUUUAAGCAUGGAGCUAAAGCAGCUAGAUUAUCUUAUGAGGAUUUCUACAUCCCUGAAAUUGCUGAAAAGAUUGACAUUCGAGCUGACUAUUUAAAUUGGAUCAGUAGCAAAGUCAGACCAACUGUUAGAAAGGAUAUUCCAAUUUCGUUUUGUGAGUAUCCUUUCCUUUUCGAUGCUCAGGCUAAGACGCUGCUACUUCGUUCUGAUGCUACAAGGCAGAUGCAAGGGGCCAUUCAAGAAGCAGUUAUCAACAGUAACCCAAUGUUGUGGCUGUUUGACCCUGCACAAGUACAGUUCUUGAAUAUCAAUAUUCAUCGUAACAACAUUGUUGAAGACACUAUCAACCAGUUGCUUCAUCAUGGAGUCACUGAUUACAAAAGACCACUUAAGGUACGAUUUAUUGGUGAAGAGGCGGAGGAUGCUGGAGGUGUGCGUAAGGAGUUCUUUCUUCUCCUUUUGCGUGAGAUACUUAAUCCAGACUAUGGCAUGUUCACAGAGAACCCAGAAACAUACACCAUUUGGUUCAAAGAAGGAUCUCUGGAAGCUGCUGCUACAUAUAGUCUUAUUGGGAUUGUGUGUGGACUUGCCAUUUACAAUUUCACCAUCAUAAAUCUUCCUUUCCCUCUGGCACUCUACAAAAAGUUACUUGGUCAGCCGGUUGGCCUUGAUGAUCUUGCAGACAUGGAUCCAGUUCUUACAAGGUCACUAUAUGAGUUGCUGGAGCACGAAGGCAAUGAUGUAGAGGAUAUCUACUACUUAAACUUUGCCACCACACAGGAUUUCUUUGGUAAAACUGAAACCAUUCCACUCAAGCCAGAUGGAGAGAACAUUCCUGUUACUUCACAAAACAAACAGGAGUAUGUUGAUCUUCUUGUAGACUACAAGUUGAACAAGAGCAUAGAGACCCAGUACAAGGCAUUUCAUGACGGGUUUUACCGUGUGUGUGGAUGUAUAGUACUCGAGCUCUUCCAGCCAAUGGAAUUGAUGUCCCUUGUCAUUGGUAAUGAAAACUACAAUUGGAUAGAGCUGGAGAAGAAUACGGAAUACAAGGGUGAAUAUUAUGCAGAUCACACAGUCGUCAAGAUGUUCUGGGAAGUGUUCUCCGAUAUGUCACUUGAUCAGAAGAAAAAAUUUCUUGUUUUUUUAACUGGCACUGAUCGGGUACCUAUUUUGGGCAUGAAGACUGUGAAGAUGAUUAUACAGUCUACAGCUGAUGAUUCCUUCCUCCCAGUUGCCCACACAUGCAUUUCUCAGCUGGACUUGCCUAAGUACAGCACAAAGGAGAAGCUACGAUUUAAGCUAUUGCAAGCUAUACAGCAGAGUGAAGGCUUUGGCCUUGUGUAGCUGCAGUUCAUCGGAUACAUGUCAUUAGACUGGUAAGGCUGAAGUUGCUGCUGCCACUGCUGCUGCCGCCGCUACUGCUGCUGCUGCUGCUGCUGCCGCUGCUGUUGCCACCGCUGCUGCUGCCCCUGCUGCUGCUGGAAGUGUCGAGAGACCACUGAAGUUUAUUCCUGUCGAUAGCUGCAGGGAGACAUGAACUGGCUCCCUUGUUAUUAGACAUCUCACUGAGACGAUGAAGAAGGAGGCUAGUGGAGCAACGAGUUCCUGCUUUUGUACACAAUUGUCUAAGAGACAACCUAGGUUAUAAACAAAUUAGGUCAUUUCCCCUUUAGCCAGAAUAAUACAUGCGAAGCAGUUUGAGGCUCGAGAGAUUUCCAGGUAUGGAAAAGAAUUUUCUCAUCUCCAUAAAAAAUCACACAUCCCCAGAAUAUUUCCAGGUACAGUACUGGGGAAAGUUUUCUGAGUGUUAACUACACAUCUCACAUACAGAUACAGAGAUGCAUUAAUUUAUACAAACACCGCUGUACAUAUACAAUAUAUUGUAGGUAAACAAAUUAUUUUACUGUAUACACUAAACUGUAUUUGCCAAAAGAUGCUGUCAUCUUGAGCUUGUAAUGCAGGCAGGCCAAAUGGUGCUAUGAUGAUGCGAGAUGGCCUGCCUUUUUCAUGUACCACCUCCUGUAGCAGGUGUUGCUAACUGUCACUCUCCUCUCCCUCCACGAAGGAGGAAUUGUACAUGCACUACAUUCUGUCCAUAGGCCCUCUGCACAUUAGCAUACACUGUCCUUUCUUUGCAUAUGGUAUAGUUCAGGUAUUGUUUGGUGAAGGAACAGGCAACUUUGUUAGGCUUUGACGAGUGUUAUCCGUGGAACCUAACCCCCUAUUUCCCAUAAACCUUUAGUCUUGCCAACCAUGGGAUUUUAUAGGAACCUAACCUCCAUGGUUAGCAAGAGACUAUUGUACUUAGAGAUUUUUUUGCAACUGACUCCUCAAUGGUACCACUUUUUAGGAACUGCAGAGUAGAGUUGGGAGAGUGUUUUGUCUUUUCUGGACUGUUCCUCUCACACAAGUGAUGGGGUUCUGGGACUCCUGGGGUAUGAACCCUCAAGGUUGUCGAUAUAAUACAUGAGUUGCAUGAUCCAUACUUAGUUAUAAGACUCAGUUAUAAGGCAGGAUUUCAGGAUUGUUGCCUCAUUUAUGGGUAAGUGGAAUAGAUAAAUGACCUGGAGACCCUCCUUCCCCUCCUGGCUAGAUUCUUUUUCAAUCGGAAAAAUUUGCAGAUUGGUGACUGCAACCCAAGUUUGUAACUGAGAGGUUUGAGGCUAACAAAUUAGUCCUGGGAUUUAUCACAAUGCACUUUUUUCGCUCAUUGGCUUUUUGAAGCACAGCUGGAGUGGGUUUGGAGUUUUGCUUCUUAAACUGGGUUGGAUCUCAAUGGAUGGUGUCCUUCCUUCAAGAAUGCAGUUAUCCCUUUGACAAAGUAGGCUUUGUCAGGGGGUGUUCUGCCGAGUAACCUUUCAAGUCCAUUGUUUCUUCUCCCUGAUCACAAAAUGAGGUUUCAUUCUUUAAUCUUUUAGUUUUUAUAAUGUUCAAGGCAAAUAACACUUGAAUAAUCCAGUAAAUUACAGAGUUUCUUCUGUAUUGCUUGUACAGUAAUAAACUAUUUUGCACUUUCAGAUGAGUACCAACACUAUUUGCAUUUCUUCUUGGAUCUACCACAUACAAGAUUCAAGAAAUCAGAUUUAUUUUCCAGAUGUAUAUUCACUUAUGCCUUCUGGUUACUUCUUUGUGCUUACUUAUAUUGUGAUUAAAAUGUUGAUCACAAUGGAAGUGAUGCCAAAACUGAUGUUGUUAAACGGCAGACUUCUCAUUAUCAUUUUCAUAAAUAUUACAGUAUGUGCAGUGAUUGUCUGACUCAUAUUAUAUUGCCCCUUUAGACACUGAACAUAGACAAGCGUGUGCAGAAUCAUGUUCAUGAAUUUUUGGUUGUUGCCCUAUUCUGUAAUUAUUAGUCUUCCAGAAUCAGUGGCAGCCAGUGGUAGCUCUCAGAGUACAGUAUUUAUUGAAAUCUUUGAUAUGAUGAUUUACUUCCUUACAUUUGCAUUAUUAAACUUAUAAAAAUAUAGGGUUUUAAAUACCUGUACAGGGUCCGUCGAUUAAUGAACGGUCCAAUUAAUGAAAUUUCGGUUAACGAAUUAGCUCCCAUGAGGAUUUUCAAUUCCAUUAAUGAACAAAACGUUGAUUAACGAAAGCCUUACGAGAAACACGCUUUGUUGUGCGCACCUGCUGAUUGGCUA